AUGGAUUCAGAAGGUACUCCUUCGAAGUGUUUACAAGAGUCUCCUUCAAAGCAAAUUUCUCAACUCGACUUAGUGAAUCGAGUAUCGGUGAAAAUUCCACCAUUUUGGGAGAACAGCCCGGAUCUCUGGUUUUCACAAAUUGAAGCACAGUUUGACAUCGCAACAAUAACCAAUGAGAACACAAGAUUCUCAUAUGUAAUCGCAAACCUCGAGGAGAAACAGGCUCGAGAAGUAGAAGAUGUCAUUAAACAACCGCCAACAGAAAACCCCUACUCCUACUUGAAGAAAGUACUUAUAAGCAGACUAUGUGCUUCGGAAGAAACCAGAAUCAAACAAAUCCUCUCUGAAGAAGAGUUAGGAGAUCGCCGUCCAUCGCAGUUUCUUCGACAUUUACGUUCCCUUGCUGGCCACACGACAAUCGGUGAAAGCAUGUUCAGAUCACUAUGGAUGCAAAGGCUUCCUGCGUACAUACGCGCCAUACUGCAAACACAAUGCGACCUGCCUCUAGAUAAACUAGCAGCUACGGCAGAUAAAAUUUUAGAGGUACAGCCGUUAAUCCACCACGUAGAUUCAACCAAGCAAGUGCACUAUAAUAAACCUUCUGAGCAACGCCAGAGUGAUCAACUGGAAGAAUUAACCAAGCAAGUACGCGACUUACAGAAACAAAUUCGAUAUUUAAAUCAAAAAGGAAGAUCAAGAUCAAAAAGUAGAGAACGGGUGGAAUACACAAAAUGUUGGUACCAUAAUCAAUUCGGCAGAAAAGCAAGAAAAUGUCAGGCACCCUGCUCCUGGAAUAUGUACCAUACAGGUUCAGAUGUUUCCUGCUAUCCUCGGAGGUCCAUCCGCAGGUGUAUCAAGACAAAUUACGAGUUGCAAGCAGCCAAUGGUACACGGAUUAAAACAUACGGUCAAAAACACCUACGCCUUAACCUCGGGCUAAGAAGAGAAUUCAGCUGGAAAUUUAUUGUAGCAGACGUGGAUUCACCAAUCAUAGGCUCCGACUUCUUAGCUUUCUUCGGAUUACUGCCAGAUUGCCGAAACAAAAGGAUCGUCGACGGAACCACAGGUUUGUGUACAAUUGGAGUGACUCUCAAGACACCCCAACAAAGCAUAAAAACUCUCAAAAAUAAAAGGUCAGUAAUACAUAACAUAUUGGAAGAGUUUCCAAAUUUAACCAAACCGUCUGGAACACCACGCAAAAUAAAGCACAAAACAACACAUUCAAUAAUCACAACACCAGGCCCACCAGUGUCCUGCCGUCCACGACGUCUUGCGCCUGAUCGUUACAAGAUCGCAAAGGCCGAAUUCGAAGUAAUGCUCCACGAAGGAACAGCCCGGCGUUCAAAGAGUUCACGGUCUUCGCCCUUACACAUAGUCGAAAAGAAGGAUGGAGGAUGGCAGCCUUGUGGCGACUACCGUGCACUCAACGCACGAACUGUACCAGACUAG